AGAAAAAAAACAUUGGAAUUUUGAGGUUAUGUUAUAAUAUUGUAAACAAUUAAGCCUAUAAGGUGUCGUUUGUUAAAUUAAAACGCUCUUUACUUUAUUAAAUCCAUGUUAAGUAAAUUGAAAAUAAUAUAAAUACCCAAAGAAACAUUUUAAAGCAUGGCAAACACUGUAUUGACUAAGCUUCAUCCACUAUGGAGACCACCACAACUAAUCUGUCUGCCCUCUCGUACAACCACAACAAAACAUUUUGAUCCAAAAUUCAGGACACACAGAGCUAAGAAAUAUCAGAAAAUUGAAUUGCCCGAUAUGAAUGAAGAUGAGAACAAAUUCUCUGAGCAGAAAAUGAGGCAGAAAAUGAAAGAGAGAGGCAUCUUGCCUCCCAGACCAUGGAUGGAGCGUCCGUUUUAUAUUGGAGCUACCGGUGGUAUCUUCGAACCCUACGUACCCCCAGAAGGUGACGGCAAGGCGUCCUUAGUCUCCACAUCUCGCGCAAAACAAACAGUGCAGCUGCUGGAGAAGAAAUCUAAAUCCAUGUUGGCCAUACGGAAAGUGAAAUCAUUUGAUGAGGAUUUUGACACGAAAGAGUUUUGCCAGCAGGCCCAAAACAUCUAUAUUAAGGCCCACGAGAGUUUAGUCAAUGGUGACCUCCAAGCGUUAAGGACGUAUGUCACAGAGAAAGCAUACCCCGAGUUCAAGCACAACACUAAGUUGAAAACCAUCCGGUGGAAGUUUCUGGAGUCUUUAGAGCCCCCGCGAGUUGUUCACGCGAGGUGUACAGAUGUUAUUAGCAAAGAAAAUAUUUUUGGUCAGAUCACGGUGCGGUUCCACUCGCGCCAGCAGCUGGCCGUGUACGACCGCUUCGGGCGGCUCCUACACGGCAGCGAGAUCCUCGCCAAGGACGUGCUGGAGUACGUGGUGUUCGAGAAGCACCUGUCCAACCUGUACGGCGCGUGGCGCGUGCACGACAAGAUCAUCCCCGACUGGGCGCCGCCCAAGGAGCCCUCGCGGCUCACCAGGGUGAAGCCGGACCCCGAGCCAGUGAAGGUCGAAGAAGAGGUCGGAGAAGCCCAGAAAGAUGAACAGCCUGCGAUAGCCGAUAAAUAAUUUGUUUUAUUUGUAUGUAAAAUUGUAUUUGUAGUCUUUAAUAUAGUAGUCCCACAAAUUA